AUGUCUAACCGUCAAACAAAUCCUGCUGCAUUAGCCGCUGCUGCUGCUACUAACCAGCAUUCACCCCAACAAAACAAUUACUACCUGGGUGUAACUGGUACAAACGGCCCUUACAAUGCUAACAUGGGCAACUCUACCAAUCCUUCUAACGUAAACUAUACCAGCGCAAGCAAUGCUAAUUAUGCAAGUGGUGGUGGUAGUCAACCUAUAACUCCACAACAAAAAGGUGGUCAAUUAGCACAACAACAAAAUGGAACUUCAGCCGCCGCAGCUGCUUCCGGCUCUUCUGGAUCAUCUAAUAAUAGUGUGGUUGGUUUACACUAUAAGAUUGGUAAGAAGAUUGGUGAAGGUUCUUUUGGGGUUAUCUUUGAAGGUACUAAUAUCAUAAAUGCUCAAAGCGUAGCAAUUAAGUUUGAACCCAGAAAGACCGAAGCUCCUCAAUUAAGAGAUGAGUAUAGAACUUAUAAGCAUUUGCAAGGGUGUGAAGGUAUUCCUAAUGCGUACUACUUUGGUCAAGAAGGAUUGCACAACAUCUUGGUAAUUGACUUAUUAGGACCAAGUUUGGAAGAUUUAUUUGAUUGGUGUGGACGUCGUUUCACCAUCAAAACAGCCGUACAGGUGGCUAUUCAAAUGAUAGACUUAAUUGAAGAAGUUCAUACUCACGAUUUGAUCUAUAGAGAUAUUAAGCCUGAUAACUUUUUAAUUGGGUGUCAAGGUGCACCAGAUGAAAAUAAGGUUCAUUUGGUAGAUUUUGGUAUGGCUAAGCAGUAUCGUGAUCCAAGAACGAAACAGCAUAUACCAUAUAGAGAAAAGAAGUCAUUAAGUGGUACCGCUAGAUAUAUGUCCAUUAACACCCAUUUGGGAAGAGAACAACUGAGAAGAGACGAUUUGGAAGCAUUGGGCCAUGUAUUUUUCUACUUCCUUAGAGGUCAAUUACCAUGGCAAGGUUUGAAAGCUCCGACAAACAAACAAAAAUAUGAGAAGAUUGGUGAUAAGAAGAGAUCUACUCCAGCAGUUGUAUUAUGUGAUGGUUUACCAAGACAAUUUGCGGAAUACUUGGAUUCUGUUAGAAGUUUACCCUUUGAUGCAGAACCUGCUUAUCUGGAAUAUAGAAUGCUUUUGGCAUCAGUUUUGGAUGAUUUGGGACAAAAAUGUGACGGUGACUAUGAUUGGAUGCAUUUAAACGGCGGUCGCGGAUGGGAUUCGUCAAUCAAUAAAAAGCCUAACUUACACGGUUAUGGCCAUCCCAACCCACCAGGUGACAGAGAUAGAAGACACAGAGAACAAAGAAGAAGUAGACACAACCAACAUCAUGCUCAACAACAAGCUGCAACUGGUGCUCAAGGGCAACAACAAGGAUUGACUGGAUCUCAAUUGAAUCAACAAAAUCCUAACCAACAACAAUUGGCUGCACAGUUACAUCAACAAAAAUUACAGCACUUGGUUAACAGACCUCUUCCACCGAUUAAACAAGAUACUCAUAGUCCUGACUUGAACAAUGGCAUGUCUAAUAACAACAACUCACCAUUGGUGAAUGGUCAUGGAAGCCCUAUGAACAAACAACAAAGGCCUUAUGAGUCAAGGGGAAACCAAUAUGAACAACAACAAAUUGUUGAUGAUCAUGAAGAAAAGGGAUUCUGGUCUAAGUUAUGCUGCCAUUAA